AUGGUCCCCACCAUUCCUUAUCGGCGCUAUACAGGUUUUCUAGAAUCGAUUCGAACUUCUUGGCCACUACUUCAAUCUUCCUUAAACAGCAGUUGCAGAAAUUCUCUGAGAAACACUAUCUGUAAGGGAUCAUUGCCGCGCUGCUCAGAUGAUCGAACCACCAUCAUUACUCCCGACUACAGUUCAGGAUGUGCAACAUCGCUAACCUGCGGUUCCGCUAUUCCGUCAUUGCAACUCCCUGAAGAUUUUAGAAAGUUCUUUUGUUCGGAAUCAUCAAAGGAAUAUUCAUUAAAUACUUGUGCAAAGACUUCUCUUACCGCUAUAAAUGCCCCAAUCUGCGGUAAAUUACCUAGUGGUAUCCAAUUCCCUGCUUGGAUCAUCCCCUUCUUGCCAACACAGGGUAAAAACAUAGACAACUUUAAGCAAGGUUUAACCAUGAUGAAUACCACUAAGGAAUGUAUUGAUCAGUGGAUGGAAAUAGUCUGUAAUAGCCUUCCAUACUGUUCCAAAGAUGCAAAAAAGGUAGUUACCGUGACUACAACACAGUCUUGCCAAGCUGCAAUGAAAUGUUUAUCGCCCAUUGCGAGGAUCGUAUUUGAGAGUAUGUAUGUCUGCAGUGGAUUUCCAGAUAGAAAUGGUCAGAAGAUGAUGAUAUCCUCCGACUACGGUUAUUCCUACGCUACAGCAAAUAAUGGAGCUUUGAAAGUGAACAGCAAUAUUUUGAUAGUAGGACUACUGUACUUGCUAUCUUGGAUUUAA